GAGGCCCGCGGAGCAGCCGCCGCCGUCCGACCGCAGAUAUGGAAGAGAGCAGCAGUGUCACCAUGUUGGUGCCAGAUAUUGGGGAACAGGAAGCUAUAUUGACAGCCGAAACUGUCAUCAGCUCUUCACUGGAAAUCGAUGAACAAAGUACAGCUAAGACAGAUCCAUUAAUCCAUGUUAUCCAGAAGUUAAGCAAGAUAGUGGAACAUGAAAAGUCACAAAAAUGUCUUUUAAUUGGGAAGAAACGCUCACGUUCAAGUGCUGGAACUCGCUCCCCUGAAACCCAGGAGCCCUGUGAGAUUCCAGCUAAAGCAGCCCAGCCGCCUGCUGCUGGCAUUGGAAGGGCCGAGCUGCCGCAGAUGCCUUCCAGCCCUGACUCUCAAACCCAGAGCGAUGGGAAGGCUAUGUCCUACCAGUGCAGCCUGUGCAAGUUCCUGUCGUCAUCUUUUUCUGUGCUAAGAGACCACAUCAAACAGCACGGCCAGCAGAACGAAGUGAUCCUGAUGUGCUCAGAGUGCCAUGUGACGUCCAAAAGCCAAGAGGAGUUUGAAGCGCACGUGGUAAAUGACCAUGAAAAUGAUGCCAACAGCCACAUUCAACCCAAAGCCCAACAGUGCAUAAGCCCCUCUAGCUCCACAUGUCCAAGACCCAUAGAAAGGAAGAAUGAAGCCACCCCUGACCUCCCUGUUAGUGCGAGCAGUCCACAGUCGAACGCCAUCCCCAGCGCAUCCGAGGCAGACAUAGGGAGGAGGAAGUGGUAUGCCUACGAACAGUACGGCGUGUACCGGUGCUUGUUUUGUAGCUACACGUGUGGGCAGCAGAGGAUGUUGAAGACACAUGCUUGGAAGCAUGCUGGGGAGGUGGACUGCUCCUACCCAGUAUUUGAGAAUGAGAGUGAGCCCCUGGGCCUGCUGGGCUCCUCAGUGGCUGCUGCUCCCAGUGGGGUGGAUGCCGUGGUCAUCGCCAUUGGAGAGAAUGCACUGAGCAUCCACAACGGGCCGGCGGUGCAGGUGCAGAUCUGCAGCUCAGAGCCACUGUCCUUUGCCUCUGCUUUAGAGCAGGGUGCGGAGAGGGCCGCUGGUCUCGGUCCAUCGGUGACCCUCAGCCCUCAGGAGGAGGACGUGCUUGAGGUGAUUUCCGAUGCUGAGGAGAGUCUGAUGGCCGACAGCCUUCUUUCAUCAGCACAGAAGAUCAUCAGCAGCAGCCCCAAUAAAAAAGGUCACGUUAACGUGAUCGUGGAGCGUUUGCCAAGUGCUGAAGAAACUGUGGCACAGAAACCUUUCCUCGUGAACGCUGAGGUCGAAGAGGGGAGCAGCCUGAGCCCGACACAAGCCCGGACGGGGUGUGAAGGGAGAGGCGAAGGGUAUCGUGCUGAUCAGUGUACUGUUGGUAUCGGGGGGCUGAUCAUAGGCUGGAGCAGCACAGGGAAGAAGGAGAGUGAGCUAACCCACCAGGGACUGGCCCCUGACGAAAACGCCCCCCCAGGCCGGAGGAGGACAAAUUCCGAGUCUCUGAGGCUACACUCACUGGCGGCAGAAGCCCUGGUCACAAUGCCGAUCCGAGCUGCCGAGCUCACCAAGGCCAGCCUCGGGCACUACGGGAACGGGAACCGGAACCUCUUAGACCCAGAUACUGGACAGAGGCAGGUGGAUAGCACACUGGCAGCAUAUUCUAAAAUGAUGUCACCACUUAAAAACUCUGCAAAUGGAUUAACUAGUUUUAACCAAAGCAGCUGCCCCUUGGUGGCCCUCCCCGAGGGCAGGCAGGAGCUGUCAGACGGGCAGGUGAAGACGGGCAUCAGUGUGUCCUUGCUCACUGUCAUCGAGAAGCUGAGGGAACGGACGGACCAAAACACUUCCGAUGAGGACAUCCUGAAGGAGCUGCAGGACAACGCGCAGUGCCAGCCCAGCGGCGAGGCGGGCCUGUCGGGCGGCAGUGUGGUAGAGUACAUCCCGAACGCCGAGCGGCCCUACCGCUGCCGCCUCUGCCACUACGCGAGUGGGAACAAGGGCUACAUCAAGCAGCACCUGCGGGUCCAUCGGCAGAGGCAGCCCUACCAGUGUCCCAUCUGUGAGCACGUGGCCAGCAGCAGCAAGGAGCUGGAGAGCCACAUGAUCCACCAUUGCAAGGCCCGGCUGUACCAGUGCAAGCGCUGCACGGAGGCCUUCCACUACAAGAGUCAGCUGAGGAACCAUGAGCGAGAGCAACACAGUCUUCCAGAUUCCUUGUCAGUAGCGGCUUCUGCUGAGCCGAGGAUUCCCAAGGACAUAGCGGAGGUGAAGUGUGCCCAGGAAGAGAGUAGGUCUUCAGUCCAGAAACAGUACAGAUGCGACGUGUGUGACUACACGAGCACAACGUACGUCGGUGUCAGAAACCACAGGCGGACCCACAACUCGGACAAGCCGUACCGGUGCUCUCUGUGCGGGUACGUGUGCAGCCACCCGCCCUCCCUGAAGUCGCACAUGUGGAAGCACGCGAGCGACCAGAACUACAACUACGAGCAGGUGAACAAGGCCAUCAACGACGCCAUCUCCCAGAGCGGCAGGGUCCUAGGGAAACCCCCUGGGAAGACGCCCUUACCCAGCAGUGAAGAAAGAGCGGAUCCUCCCACGGGAAGUUCCGACAGUGCAGUGUCAGCCCCGGAGCCUGUUCCCCAGGCUCCCACCGAGAGCGAGAAACUGAGCCCUGCAGGCCACACCUCGUGUGGCUCAGAGAAGACCCCCAGUGCGGCCCCCCCGGGCAUGGAGUACUGUGUCCUGCUCUUCUGCUGCUGCAUCUGUGGCUUCGAAUCUACCAGCAAAGAAAACCUGUUGGACCACAUGAAGGAGCACGAAGGUGAGAUCGUCAACAUCAUCCUGAACAAGGAGCCGCUCUGAGCGUGGGCUAGACGCUCGGGGCUCACCCGACUCUCUCCCCGCUUCACACAGCUCACCAGACACGGGGAGGGGCGAUGUAUAGAGAGAUGACAGGUGUGAGCAAAUGUGUAAUGUAAUGAAAGGAAUUCCAGAUGGAGAGCAGCGAUAUUUAAAUAUUCUGAGUGAGGGGAUGUGGGGAGCAAGCACAGAUGCGAUCCUGUAUUGACCCUCUGUUACCUCGUUAGCAUUGAGUAUAUUUAUUAUUAAAAGCUUAUUACAGUGUAGAAAUGUAAGCAAAAGUUAAGAAAGGGUUUUCAAGAACUAAAACUGUUAUAAAAGUGUCACCGUCUCAAGCAGAGCUUGGUUUUCUUCAAAGUUUUACGGUAGCUCUGAAAUGAUCGGCCUCCUGUGGG